GUGAAACUUAUGAGUGUUGCAUUCUAAAAUGGACCGUUUUCACGACGAAGAUAUCUACAUUUCUUCCACCAUGGUGAACAUCGCUGGAAUGCCCGACCUCAGUGGGCUGACAAAUGCUGAUAGAUUCGCCAUGAAUGAAAGCGAUCUCUUGCAGCUUCAUGGGUCCAAUUUGCAGAUCUUCAGAAAUUUGAUGUUUUUCGUGGAAGCAGACGAGGCACUGUCCAAUAGCCCUAUUAAUUUCGGGAAUAACUUCAGCACCAUUCGAGUUCGUUUGAACCGCGUAGUGGCCAUGCUUGAAGCCGUGAUGGAACAAAGGGACUUCUUUCAAACUGGCUUCCCUACACCACCUGCUGUUUACCUGCAGCCAAAUGGCAACGAACUGGAGCGCAACACCCGGGACCUUUUUGUUCUGCAAGAGAUGCACUCGUACCUCCAUGUCGCUCAUUAUGACCUUUACACCUGGUAUAGCAGACACCUUUACAAUUACCACGCCAGCCAAUAGGAAGGAAGCUGUCCUCCAAGGGACCGAACGCUGUCAACACCUGCUCUGUAUUCACGCACCCCUGGACCCUUCCUUAAGAAAUGUUCAG